AUGUUGGCGACUCGUUGGUUUGUCACAAUUUUGUUUGUUCUAUGCGCUGCUCUGUUAACAGAUUUCUGCCGUUGUGCAACUGUAACUAAAGAAGCAGGUUUGGAGCUGAAAGAUGAUUUCAACGAAGAUUUUGAUAAUGAUUUUGGAAAGGGUGCAUCGACUGAAGACAACGAAAAUUUGCCCGAGGUCCAUCACGAUGAUGAUGAAGAAGACGCCGAAGAUUUGCCGGAGGACGAAGGCGCCGACGAUGGGGAAGACAAUGGUGAGCAAGACACAGAGGACAGAGACUACGUAGGUGAAGACAAGGGUGAUGAAAAUGAAGAUGAAAGUAUUUAUGAAGAUGACCACGAUCUAGAGGAAGAAGAUGACUUUGGCGAAGGAGAUGAAAUUAAAGAUCAGGACGAGGAAGAAGACGAAGAAAAAGGAGGCGAUUUGUCUUAUGAAACAGCCAUGGAGGGAGCAAAUGAAUUAGAAAUCCUUCCGAGAGAUGGAAAAAAUAAGAACGAAGGUAAGAUCUCGAGACUUAAGGAAAAUUAAAAGAGCUUAAAAAAUAAACUAAGGCAUUCGUUAAUUGCGAAUGUAGAAACUUAUAAAGCGAAAAAACUCUUUUCAUGUCUUAACUUAAAAAUGAACAAAUCGAUUUAUUUGUUUCAAGCAAAAGAAAUCAGUAAAUUUGAUAGCAAAUAUAUUUAUGAUCUACCACAAAUGAACGUGAAAAUAAAUUUAUAAUCUCUUACAAAUCGAAUAGUAGAAUAUAAUGCAACCAUGGCUUGAGUCAGUUCAGUCUUCUCGAGUGUGAAGUUUGACUGAUGUUGUUCAAAUGAAUCUUCUCACCUCAUUAACACCGUACAUGACUUGGAGUGCACGCAAACAUGUCUUCCUUUGGUGUUUUACCAACACCACACACACCAUAUUUUUCCAAGAUACAUUUGGCAACAUUAUUUUUAGAGCGAUAUAUACUUUGUUUAACACAAGAUGUUUCCAGGGAAACUGGCCUUUGAGUACCUUCGCUCCUUACCCACCAUAUUGAGCAUGUCGCCUGUGCAUUAUAGAAAGUUAAUAUUCUAUUUUUUUUUUUUAAUGCUAGGACUACAUCAGCAUGAAAUCGAGGACUCUCAGCGUAGACAACGAGGACGACGUCGCAGGCCACGCCCACCCCGCAGGCUGCGCCCACACCGCAGGCCGCGCCCACCCCGCAGGCCGCGCCCACGCCGGCGACGCUUACUUCGCAGACGACGCCCACCUGUCAGGCGACGUCAAUUUCGCAGUAGGCGCCGACCCAGGGACGGACGCCACAGAUCUUGCAACAGGCGACCUCGCCCACCCGGUCUUUAUUGCGGAUAGUCUGGGAAGAUCUACGCCCCGCCAGGUGGAACAGAUCACACUCCAG